AUGGAUUCUGAGAGGCAGCGCGCGAACCUUAGUGAGUUCCGGGGUGUGCCACUCCAACCGGAGCCUAACCGCAUCGAUUUCGACGAGGGCUAUUACGUUGGCACCGUCGACGAGGAGGGCCACAUGGCCGGUUAUGGCAAGGCUGUGUGGAAGAGUGGGGACACGUACGUGGGGGAAUGGCUUGAUGACACCAUGGACGGCCGCGGUGUGUACACGUGGGCGGACGGGGAUUGCUACGACGGCGAGUACAAAUGUGGUCUGCAGGAUGGCUUCGGGGUGCUGAAGGACGCCACUGGCGUUUACACAGGGGGUUGGGUAGAUGACAUGCGCCACGGACUCGGUAAGAUGGAGUAUGUGGGUGGGAGCGUUUAUGAGGGUGAGUGGCUUGCCAACAUGCGCCACGGUCAGGGCAAGCUCACAGAGGAAAAUGGCGUCGUCUACCACGGCGAGUUUGUGCGCAACGAAAAAGAGGGAAAAGGCGUCAUGGCGAACCCAGAGGGUGACGUGUAUGAGGGUGAGUUUGCCCACGGGAAGCCUAACGGUAAAGGGACUUAUAUUUGGGCCGACGGCGCCAAAUAUGUAGGAUCUUUCAAGGAUGGACUGAAGCAUGGGCAGGGGUGCGAGUGGAUGGCGAAUGGUGAUUGGGUUGCUGGCGUGUUUAUCAAUGGUGAACAUGACCAGCGGCAGAUGGUGCAUAAGGCAGUUGUUGCAGAUGUAGGGAUACAAGAUGAUCAUAUUGAUCUCGCUGACGUGAGGUCGCUUGAUGCGCGGAAGUUACGCAUGCUGCAAGAGGGGAAAUACCCCAUUGAUGAUAAGAAAUCAUACAAUAAUUCGAAAAUUGCCGACGCAACCCUCAGUACCACUGAUAACUUUAAGGAAAGCAAUGUAGCGAGCAGCAUUAUGGGAACGGGACGAACUCAAACGCAUUCAUUUCACGGCAGUAUGAAUAGCAACCCAGGAAGUCCGUUGACAUCCCCUCAGCAAAAUCGCUUGGUGCUCACUGACGCGGACCUUGAAGGUUGGCGGCAACUCAAAAUUAUCGGCAAGGGCAGCUUUGGGGCAGUCUACGAGGCUCUUCUUGUAAGUGGGCGAACAGUGUGUUGCAAAGUGAUUGAGUUGGGAUCACUCUCCAGUCGCGAAGAGAUGGAAAAAUUACGCAGCGAGAUUGCACUGAUGAAGCGGCUACAUCAUCCAAAUAUUGUGCAGUAUUACGGUAGUCUAGAAGAAAGGGAGAAUAGCACGCUUAAUAUAUUUAUGGAAUUCGUAAGUGGUGGAUCACUGAACUCGUUUGUGAAGAAAUUCAAAAAAAUUCCACUUCCAACUGUGCGUCAAUGGACGUACCAAAUGCUCUGCGGUGUCAAGUACCUGCAUGAUUGUGGUAUUGUUCACCGCGACAUCAAGGGCGACAAUGUCUUGGUAUCGCUUGAUGGGAUCAUAAAGCUUGCUGACUUUGGAUGCAGCAAGGCUAUUGACGACGUCUGUAGUAAAACCCAUGGAUGCCAAACAAUGGUUGGGACACCGUACUGGAUGGCACCAGAGGUGAUCAAAUGCGAGGCUGGCGGGUACGGCAUGAAGAGUGAUAUUUGGUCAAUUGGAUGUACUGUCGUAGAAAUGAUCACUGGCAAGCCCCCGUGGCCUGAGUGCAACUCCAUGUGGGCGGCAGUGUACAAGAUUGCACACUCGACAGGACUUCCGACGGAGAUCCCGAAGGACUUGGAUCCGCAGCUCAUGAACUUUCUUGAGUUGUGCUUUGAGCGUGACCCGAGGAAACGGUCAACGGCGGAGCAGCUGUUGCGACACCCAUUCGUGGCUCUGUGA